AUGAAAGAUGAUGCACUGCGUGUAUCACCACAAGCAGGACUAUCGAAUUUGUGUGGGACUACUGGCUGCCCACAACUGCCUGUGGCACCGCCAGACCUGUUGGUAGUGACCAACGGAUUGUCCACUGGAGAGAUUGGCACGUGUCAGACGACUCUAGUCUCAAGUUUGAAAAUUUGUCCAGAAAGUGCUGACGAAAAGACCGUCAAACUCGCUUAUUUAACAAACCGCGUGGCCAGAAGUGAAAGAGCUUAG